AUGAGUGAGGAUGACUGGAAGGUGCCUUUGAUGGAUGGUAUAUUCAACCCAAACACGAUUACGGUAACCCUCUUGUACGAGCCAAUGCAGUGCAAUGCAAAUACAACACUUGGCGAUGAAUGCCCUAGGGAUAUUGAUGGCAAGUGCUGCGCAAUAAGAGAAGACGUUGUUGAAGCUAUAGGAGAUCCAAAUGAAAAAACAUCUGCUCCAGUUUCGCCUUAUAUGUCAGCCAAACUAACGCUGACUGUAAGUAUGAAUCACACUAUUUUUUCUGACCAGCUAGUUGCUUCAACCUUCAUUAGUGGUUGUGCUCAAUUACUUGCUUCAUAUUCGUUCUAUGUAGAAUAUGCAACAGGUGCUAAACCUUUAUUUCACAUUUAAGU